CUUCUUCUUCUUCUUAUGAUCUCUCUAUAAAUCAUCUCUUCUCUUAUCUACAAUAGCCAAGGAAGAAGAAGAAGAAUGAGGAAGCCUAGUGAGCAAUCAUCAUCAUCGAAAAACAACAAGUUGAGAAAAGGGUUGUGGUCACCGGAGGAAGAUGACAAGUUGAUGAACUACAUGAUGAACAAUGGACAAGGUUGUUGGAGUGAUAUUGCUAGGAAUGCGGGCCUCCAAAGGUGUGGUAAGAGUUGUCGCCUUCGAUGGAUCAAUUAUCUCAGACCUGACCUUAAACGUGGUGCAUUCUCUCCCCAUGAACAACAACUCAUCAUCCAUUUCCACUCCCUUCUUGGAAACAGAUGGUCACAAAUAGCUGCGCGUUUACCUGGAAGAACCGACAAUGAAAUCAAGAACUUUUGGAAUUCAACAAUCAAGAAAAGACUCAAGCAGCAGCAGCAGCAAUCAACUACUUCACCAAAUGCAAGCGAUGAUCAUGAUUAUUCCUCUUAUGACCCUAACAACAACAACAAAGACCUCAACAUUGUAGGAGGAGGAGAAGGGCUUAAUAGUAAUUCUACUACACAACAAUUUCAUCAACACCAUCUUCAUUUUAUGCCACUAGUGUUCAAUUCUUCUUCUUCUUCAUCAUCAUCAUCAAUGCAAAACACAGUUCUCAACACCAUAAUUGACAGGUUGCCUAUGCUAGAUCAUGGUCUUAACAUUCCACCAGCUAAUGGAUUCAACAACAAAGGCUUUUAUGAUUUGGAAAAUGGUGUGAUUGGGGGUGUAGAUAAUAAUAAUAAUAAUAUUAAUAAUCUUGGGGCUGAAGAAGUAGUAGUAGGGGAUAAUACAUAUACUAAUACUAACACUUUUUCUGACCAUGAUAAUAAUAACCUAAAAGUGUUGGAGAGUGCAUGCAUUAAUAACAAUACUAAUUACUUUGAUGACAUAAACAACAAGAUCAUGAAGGGUGGGGUGGUGGAGAAUUUGUUUCAUGAAGAGUUGACCUUGGGAGAGUGGGACUUGGAAGAAUUCAUGAAAGAUGUUACAUCUUUUCCCUUUCUUGCUGAUUUUUCAAAUUGAUGAUCCAAAUCAUCAUUAUUGUUUCAUCUUACUAAUAUAGCUAGGCACAAUCAAUCCUUGUAAUAUUUGUAGGUUUGUGAUUAUUAUUACUAUACCUGAUAUAUAUGAUGAUGAGCAAAUUAUUCACACAUUAAAA